AUGAGAGGGAAUUGGGACGCGGCGGAGCCUUUGGUACACGCGCCAAAUCAGCAACGGCAGCAACAGCAACAAACCAUUGUCGAAGAGCAACGCCAUCCCCUCCAUUCGCCAACCACGCCCGCUUGGGGUAUCGCCGAUAGGAUCGUGAAAGAGGAACCGAGCGAAGACAAAAACAACGACUCAGGUGUGUCACCUGACCACUACACGAGCAACUCUGUGUCACCUAGAAGCAGAAGAUCGUCGUCCACGGCAAACUGCAGCCUGUCGCCGGGUAGCGCGACCUCGCAGGACUCGAAUAACAUGCAGUGCAGCACGUUCGACUACAGUCCGCAGAGUAUGUUCGAGUACACGAGGCAUCACGCGAUGGACGAGCACCAGCCGGAACCGGCGAUAGACGUCGUUUCCAGCACGGUCAAACCAUCCAACGAUGACGUGGAACUCGGCCAGGACAUCUUGCAGUGUCCUAUUUGCGCUUUCACCACGUUGAAUAGGUUAAACUUCACCGAGCACUUGACGACGCAUUGCACGACCAAGUGCGACACGCCGGAUUUCGUGAAGUCGGUGCUCAGCCAGCUGUCCAUGCCGCCAGGAUCCUUCCAAGACGAGAACAGAUCGUCGCCGACCCAGGGCGAACGUUCCGAGCAAAUCGGAAGACUGAACUCGCAGGGUAAAGUGAAGACUUUCAGAUGCAAGCAGUGCAACUUCGUGGCUAUCACGAAGCUCGAAUUCUGGGAGCACAGUCGCGGCCACAUCAAGGCCGAGAAGCUGCUCACCUGUCCCAAGUGCCCUUUCGUCACCGAGUACAAGCAUCACCUGGAGUACCACCUGCGCAAUCACUUCGGCUCGAAACCGUUCAAAUGCGACAAGUGUUCCUACUCGUGCGUGAACAAAUCGAUGCUGAAUAGCCACCUCAAGUCCCACUCGAACAUUUAUCAGUACAGAUGCGCCAACUGCUCCUACGCUACCAAGUACUGUCACUCGUUGAAGCUUCAUCUGAGGAAGUACUCGCAUCAGCCGGCGAUGGUGUUGAACGCGGACGGCUCGCCGAACCCGUUGCCCAUCAUCGACGUCUACGGCACCCGACGGGGUCCCAAGCAGAAGUCUAUCAAGUCUCAGGACGACAUCGGUCAGAGCAACAACGCGACGAUCAACAACAACAUGCAGAUCCCGAUGUCGUCGCCUCAGCUCGUGGUUCCGCCUCAGAUCUCGCCGGUCAGUCACCACUUGCCGAUUUACCCUAUGAACGGCAUAAGCAGUGCGAAUACCGCGAACAACGUGACCUCCGCGAGUGGAUUGAACGGCGUCGGGCAGAACCAGUCUGCGAUCGCGUUCUCGUACAAUCAGCUCUUCCCUGGUUUCCCUCUCACGCACUUCUCCACCUUCGAGGAGAGCAGUGCGGAGAAGCAACUGGAUCGAAUAAAGUCUACCACGCUGAUAGACUAUCUGAAGGUGAUAGAAGAGGAGAAGAUGUCGGAGGACAUGCCGCAGGAUCUCGUGGUGAGGUGCGUGAACGGGAGCAAGACGCCGAAUGGUAUCACCGACGAGUCUCUCGACAACGAGGUAUCAAAGAUGAACGAGGUUCCCGUGACGUCCAGUCUGAUGGAUCAGCGGGACAGUAUGUCUACUGAGCCCAAGGCUGCACCCCUGGACCUGAGAAAACCCGACGUGGUCGGUAACGUUCAGAAACCUGCUACCAAUUCACCGAGAGCGACGGGUACCAGCAGACGCAAGGGNAGAGCGGUGAAACUGGACCGCAGAGUGGUCGAGGUGGACACGGACGAGGAACUGCAGCAGCAGCAGCAGCAGCAACAGCUGCAGCAACAACUGCAACAGCCACAGCAGCAAGCGCCGGUGGAACCGGAAGAAUCGUUCGAGCCUCCCGCUGCCAGCAGUCCAGGCUCCCGUGACGAGAAGGACGAGAACGAGCGCAGUCCCGGAGUGAGUAACGAGUUCACUUGCCAAUAUUGCGAGAUCGUGUUCGGUAACGUGGUGAUGUACACCGUGCACAUGGGCUACCACGGCUACAAGGACCCUUACACGUGUAACAUGUGCGGCCAUCAGUGUACCGACAAGGUGUCCUUCUUCCUACACAUCGCCAGGUCGAAGCAUUCGUAG